AAGAAGAAGAGGUGACGCUCAGAACAGCGACCUCAGGCGCACCGAGACAGAAGCCGGAGUCAGAUCCAGUAUGGCGCUAUCAAAUGUCCUCGAAACUCCUGCAGCUGGGUUUAAUUUCGACAACGCAGCGAGGAAUGCUGCGUUAGAGGGUCUUUUUAAAGGAGGACAGGCACCUAAACCUCUGAAAACAGGCACCACGAUAGCUGGAGUUGUGUUCAAGGAUGGGGUGGUGCUGGGAGCUGACACAAGAGCUACAUCAAGUGAAGUGGUGGCCGACAAGAUGUGCGCCAAGAUCCAUUACAUUUCUCCAAAUAUAUAUUGUUGUGGAGCCGGUACAGCAGCAGAUACAGAGAAGACCACAGAGCUUCUGUCCUCCAACCUCACCAUCUUCUCUCUGAACAGCGGGAGGAACCCUCGUGUUGUCAUGGCUGUCAACAUACUACAGGACAUGCUGUACAGGUAUCACGGCCAAAUUGGUGCCAAUCUUAUACUGGGAGGAGUAGACUGCACUGGGAACCACCUGUACACCGUGGGGCC